GACGAGUCUAACCGCAGUGGGGGGAAGUGGAUCAUCCGUCUUCGUAAAGGUUUGGCCAGUCGGUUCUGGGAGAACAUCAUACUGGCCAUGCUGGGAGAACAGUUCAUGGUGGGAGAGGAGAUCUGUGGAGCUGUCGUCUCCAUACGCUUUCAGGAGGACAUCUUGUCCAUCUGGAACAGAACGUCCAACGACCAAAUGACAACAUCCAGAAUCAGAGACACUUUGAGACGAGUCCUGAACCUUCCAGCCAACACGAUCAUGGAGUAUAAGACCCACAAUGACAGCCUCAGGGACAACUCGAGCUUCAGGAACACAAAGAUUUCUCUCUAAAGAUGUCAGCUGAUCAUCCGUCUGACCAAUCAGGAAGCAGAUCAUCAUCGUUACACCCUGCUGUGUCAUUGGCCAGAGGAGGGCCGUGUGUGUGUGUGUGUGUGUGUGUGUGUGUGGGGGUUGUGUGUGUGUUUGUGUUUGUGUGUGUGUGUGUGUGUGUGUGUGUGUGUGUUGUGACUGUGGACCAAUAAACUGACUGAACUGGU